AUGUCGGCCCAACUCAUCGACGGAAAGACCGUAGCUUUGCAGCUUAGGCAGAAAAUCCACCUGGAGAUUCAGCAGAUCCAGUCGAAGCAUGCUGACUUCAAGCCCAACUUGACUAUCAUCCAAGUUGGUGCUAGACCAGACUCUUCCACAUAUGUGAAGAUGAAGUUGAAGGCUGCUGAAGAAGCUGCCAUUGACUGUCACUUGAUCUCCUUGCCAGAAGAUGUCACCGAGUUCGAACUUUUGUCCGAGAUUGCUCGUUUAAACGCCGACAUCAAUGUGGACGGUAUUUUGGUGCAGCUCCCAAUCCCUGCUCACUUGGAUGAGACCAAGGUCACCAAUGCUGUCAUUGCAGACAAGGACGUAGAUGGAUUCGGUCCUCACAAUGUCGGAGAAUUGAGCAAAAAGGGCGGCGCUCCUCUCUUUUUGCCUUGCACUCCUAAGGGCAUAAUGCAGCUUUUGGAGGCAUCCAAUGUGGAGGUUGCCGGUAAGAACGCGGUAGUUAUGGGUCGCUCUGACAUUGUUGGCCGUCCAGUUGCCAACUUGUUGACUAAGGCCAAUGCCAAUGUCACCGUGUUGCACUCCAAGACUCCAGAGGAUGCCUUGAAGGGUCACUUAGCUAUUGCUGAUAUUGUUGUUGCUGCAAUUGGUGUUCCUAACUACGUUAAGGGUGAUUGGUUGAAGAAGGGCGCUGUUGUUAUCGAUGUUGGAGCUAACUUUGUCGAUGAUUCAUCGAAGAAAUCCGGAUCUAGAAUGGUUGGAGACGUUGACUUCGAGUCUGCUCUCCCAGUUGCUUCUUUGAUCACCCCUGUCCCAGGUGGAGUUGGCCCAAUGACUGUUGCCAACCUCUUGGACAACGUUGUCAUUGCUGCCAAGCGUCACUAUGACAAGAACAACCAGACCCCUCAGUUCACCAACCCCCUCAAAUUAAAGUUGGAGAAGCCCGUCCCUUCCGACUUUGAAAUCUCUAGAGCUCAACAGCCCAAGAGAAUCAACCAAGUUGCUGAAGAAGCUGGUAUUUUGGAUUCAGAGUUGGAACCUUUUGGAUUCUACAAAGCUAAGGUUUCCUUGGACAUUUUGAAGCGUUUGGAGAACAAGGUCAACGGUAAGUAUGUUUUGGUCACAGGAAUCACUCCUACCCCAUUGGGAGAGGGUAAGUCGACCACAACAGUGGGUUUGGCCCAAGCUCUUGGUGCUCACUUGGGUAAGAAUGUUUUUGCUAACGUUCGUCAACCUUCUAUGGGACCAACCUUUGGAAUCAAGGGUGGUGCAGCCGGUGGAGGUUACUCGCAAGUAAUUCCUAUGGAUGAGUUCAAUAUGCAUGUUACUGGUGACAUUCAUGCCAUCUCUAUGGCCAAUAACUUGUUGGCCGCUGCUAUUGACACAAGAAUUUUCCACGAGAACACUCAAAAGGACGCCGCCUUGUAUAAGCGUUUGGUGCCUGCCAAGAAGGGUGUGAGAACAUUCCCAAUCUCUUUCCAGAAGAGAUUGCAAAAGUUGGGCAUUAACAAGACCAACCCAGAUGACUUGACUCCUGAGGAGGUAUCUAAGUUUGUCAGAUUGGAUAUUGAUCCUGAAACUAUCACCUGGAGAAGAGUUGUCGACUGUAAUGACAGAUUUUUGAGAGGCAUUGAGAUUGGACAGGCCCCAACAGAGAAGGGAAUGACCAGAAAGACUGGUUUUGACAUUUCUGUUGCUUCCGAAUGUAUGGCUAUUUUGGCCUUGUGCACAUCUUUGACUGAUAUGAGAGAGAGAUUGGGUAACAUGGUUGUUGCUGCUUCAAGAUCUGGAGAGCCAGUCACUUGUGAGGAUAUCGGAUGUGCGGGUGCCUUGACCGCCUUGUUGAAGGAUGCUAUUAAACCAAACAUCAUGCAAACAUUGGAAGGAACCCCUGUCUUUGUCCAUGCCGGACCCUUCGCUAACAUUUCUAUUGGUGCCUCUUCCGUCUUAGCUGAUAAGAUGGCAUUGAAGUUAGCAGGUACCUCCCCUGACUUGACUGAAGAGGAAAGACAAAAGCAAGAAGGUUACGUCGUCACAGAAGCCGGUUUCGACUUCACCAUGGGUGGUGAGAGAUUCAUGAACAUCAAAUGUAGAGCCUCUGGUUUGGCACCCGAUGUUAUCGUCAUCGUUGCUACUGUGCGUGCUUUGAAGGUCCAUGGCGGUGGCCCUGAAGUGAAGGCUGGCGCACCAUUGGCUUCCGAAUACACUCAGGAGAACGUUGAAUUGUUGAGAGCUGGAUGUUCCAACCUUGGCAAGCAUAUUGCUAACGCUAAAGCAUAUGGUUUGCCUGUCGUGGUUGCUAUCAACAAGAUGUCCUCUGAUAGCGACAAAGAACACGAUGUGAUUCGUGAGGAGUCCUUGAAGGCUGGUGCCGUUGAUGCUAUUGUCUCCAACCAUUGGGAAGAGGGUGGACAAGGCGCCAUUGACUUGGCUAAGGGUGUCAUUGAAGCCUCGAACUCCAUCGACAAAGAAUUCAAAUUUUUGUAUGACACUGCUCCAAGUGUUGAAGAAAAGAUCAACAUCAUUGCCAAGGAAAUGUAUGGUGCUGGUGAGGUUGAAUUGUUGCCUGAGGCCCAAAAGAAGGUUGAGCUCUACACUAAGCAAGGAUUUGCCCACUUGCCUAUCUGUAUUGCUAAGACCCAGUACUCUUUGUCGCAUGACGCUGCUUUGAAGGGAGUUCCUAGUGGUUUCAAAUUCCCAAUUAGAGACAUCAGAGCUUCUGUUGGUGCUGGGUAUUUGUAUGCAUUAGCAGCUGAGAUUCAAACCAUCCCAGGUUUACCAACCCACUGUGGUUUCAUGAACGUCGAGGUUAACGAAGACGGAGAGAUUGAUGGUAUGUUCUAA